AGGUACUAGGCGGCGGCGGGUGGCGUGGGGCUCCAUAGAUGCGCCACGGUUUUAGUCGGACCGCUUACUUCGACGGGUCUGAGCCUCGCCAGCCCCUCCCCCAGGAGACCGUUGCAGUCGGCCAGCCCCUGCUCUUUGGUAACCAUGUGUGACCGAAAGGCCGUGAUCAAAAAUGCCGAUAUGUCGGAGGAGAUGCAACAAGACUCGGUGGAGUGUGCUACUCAGGCAUUGGAGAAGUAUAAUAUAGAGAAGGACAUUGCGGCCCAUAUCAAGAAGGAGUUUGACAAGAAGUACAACCCCACCUGGCACUGCAUCGUGGGGAGGAACUUCGGUAGUUAUGUGACACAUGAAACCAAACACUUCAUCUACUUCUACCUGGGCCAAGUGGCCAUUCUCCUGUUUAAAUCUGGUUAAAAGCAUGGACUGUGCCACACACGCAGUGAUCCAUCCAAAAACAAGGACUGCAGCCUAUCCAAAUACCAGAGACUGAAACCUUCAGCCUUGCCUAAGGGAACACCUCGAUCUUUAUUGUGUUGUUUUGUACAGGGCAUUCUCUGUACUAGUUUGUUGUGGUUAUAAAGCAAUUAGCAAAACAGCUUACAUUUGUAUUUAUUUUCUAUUCCAUACCUCUCUGCCCCAUGUUUUUUCUCUUCAAAAUCCAUUCCUUUAAAGAAAUAAAUGUGUUGGAGAAGUGUGCGUUAAUAACGAUUUGUUCAAAUAAUCUAGGGUUAAAGAUGGCCUAUUGUUUGAUCUUGGGUAGCUUGGUGGGGGUGAUUCCUUGAAGUUUCUGUGGGAUAUAAUAGACUAGCCUAUUCAACGCUCUUGAGUUUCAUUCUUGCCCAUCCUGCUACUGUUAUGCAUGGAAGAAUACUACUCAGAAGUGCAUGUUGAGAAAUGCAUGGCAGAGAAACUACUGAAUUAACUCUUACUCCUAAUCUGAUGCUUUUCUUAAGUGCUCAUUUUGUUAAAAGAUACUGCUAUAGAGUGUUCUGGGCCUUAGGCCUCAAGUGGUGAUGAAUGUAUAGUAGUUCCAUGGUUGUAAAAUGGAAAAAAGCUAAUAAGAAAGUUGGGCUCUAGACUAAUUUCCCCUCCCCUGCCUUGGCCAAAGUAUACUCUAAAGAUUAAAGGUGGUCUUAAAAGGGAAAACUUUUGAGGCAGCCCUCCAUGUGAUUCUAAUAAAGUCUGCAGGAAUUUAAA